AUGGCUUCAGAUUGCACUGUUGCAUGUGGCUGUAGGCGAACCUUCCUCAGCAAGGCCGCCCUCGAGCAGCAUCGUCGAGAUAAAACACCCUCAGCCUCUGCGUCGGUAGUCUCCAACCGUUGGGCCAAUAUCAAGGUCUCUCGCGUGCCCGAUUCGGUUCCCAGGAAGUCAUCCAAGGGCCCCGAAAUACGUGACUUCAAAGAUGUAUGGCUGGCCAAGGGAGCUGGAAACGUGGUUGACACGCUCACCAGUGCAUCACUGAAGCUUUCCAGCUCAGAACCGCCCAUCUCGAACAACGAUCAUUAUGAUCUCAUUUGCAGCUACAAUUGGGUGAACAAGAAGACACCAGAAGUUUAUGUUCCAGGCGGUGCGCCCAUCUUCAAAGCGAUUUCCCUUCCCAUGACCAUCAAGCCAGACUCCUGUCGCCACUUCAUCGAACAAAAAGCCAUGAAACUUCCGGACUAUCCAUUUGAAGUUGUCUUUCAAGCUGCAGAGCUGAUGAACCCAACUGUCCGUUUCGACGAGAUUGACGUACUUACCAACCGGAACAGCUUGCUAAAGUUCUUCGACUUCUGCGAGGGCCGCGUUCAGAAAAGCUUCCGCGUCAAUUUACAUCUGGUAAACGACACCUUGAUCAUCGAGCGGUGUGUGAGGUCGACAGCCGAGUACUUUCCCGGGUCAGGCGCUUCAGGAUUCGGCCACAAUUUCGAAAAGGUCGCGACCCGAUUGCCUCGAGGUCUUGAGAACAGCUCAGGCCAUCAUCGCGUUCUUCGAUACGACUUUGGAAGACUGAAAUGUGCUGUCUGCUUUGAAGUGGAUUCAACUUAUGGUGAUCCCGAGACCGUCAGAGAGAGUGAGACCUAUAUUCCCAAAGCUAAAUCAUAUGGCGAGGAAAGUAAAUCUCUUGCGACCGCCUUCUCUUCGAUUGCAGUGGACAAGGCCGGCUCGGAGUCUACUGGAGGCUCAGCAGACACGAUUCCCCGCGGCGCAGGGACAGACCAGGCGAGCGUUGCGGAGUUAAAGAGCAGGCAAGACAAUCGUUCGAACCCAAAGCCGGGUUGGUUUCCUCAGCUCUGGUUAGGACGGACGCGGUACCUGAUCACGGGCCAUCAUGAGAACGGCACCUUUGACGAUGUUCGUGUGCAAGACCUAAGGGAGGAACUUGAGGCCUGGGAGAAGAACGAACUCAACCAAGAGACUCUACAAAAGAUGGCCGUACUGCUUUCGCGCCUUCGGGACACGGUCCGCGCGACGGAGGCCAAGUCUUGCGUGGCUCUCUGCGAGAAGACUGUCAGGCCCUAUACUUUGCGAAUUCAUGCGUCCACCUCCGGAAAGGGACCUCUACCAGACUCUGUCGUGGAGAAGUUUUGGAACAAAAGAACAAACUAA